AUGGGGAGGCAUUCUUGCUGCUAUAAGCAGAAGUUAAGAAAAGGACUUUGGUCUCCGGAGGAAGAUGAGAAACUUAUACACCACAUAACAAAAUAUGGACAUGGCUGCUGGAGCUCAGUUCCGAAACUAGCCGGUCUUCAAAGAUGUGGAAAGAGCUGCAGAUUAAGGUGGAUCAAUUACUUGAGGCCUGAUUUGAAAAGAGGGAGAUUCUCACAACAGGAAGAAAAUUUGAUAAUUGAACUGCAUGCAGUUCUUGGCAACAGAUGGUCUCAGAUUGCUGCUCAAUUGCCUGGAAGAACAGAUAAUGAGAUAAAGAAUCUUUGGAAUUCUUCCAUCAAGAAAAAAUUGAGGCAAAAAGGGAUUGACCCUAAUACACACAAACCAUUUUCUGAAGUUGAAUACUAUGAAGAAAAACCAUCUGCAAGCAGCAUCAAGAAUAAUAAUCAUGAUCAGAAAACAUCAGAAGGGUCCAGUGAUCUGACUUUUGCGGAAUCCAAGAACUGUAAUAACAUAGGAAUUGCCGUAGCUCAAAAAGGAAAUCCAUCUUCUGUUGGAAUGGACCAUGAAUUUUUCCUUAAUAGGUUCGUUGCCAACCAUGAAACCUCCACCACAAGCUGUAAGAAUUCUGAUUUGUCAGGGCUUCUGUCUUUCCAGCACAUAAAUUAUGGUCCCAACACAACAAAUUUGUACUUCACUCCAAAUUCCACCACUUCUGCAAUGGUUAGGAACCCGUCGCCUCCACCCUGUACUAACUACGAGAUCACUCCAAGGCCGCCUUCAGUUCUCCCCUCGAUUCUUGCUCCAUCAAUGCUUAUAAAGCCUACUGUGAAUCCGCCAUCUGAUAGUUCCAUAAGCCCUUUUGGUGUAAACAAGUUUCAGAAUAUGGAUUUCUUUGAAAAUAAUGUUUUCCCAUGGGGAAAAUCAGAGAAAUUAGAAAGUCAUAUUCAUGUAUCAGAAUCAGAAAUUCCACAAGAUAUUAAGUGGAACGAGCAUAUUCAAACUCCAUUUUUACUGAACAAUUCUAUUCAGAAUCAAACACAUUUUGCUACAGAAUAUUCAGUAAGUGCUGCUGAUUGGCAUUCAAAUGAGCUGCAACAAUCAUUACAAUCUGCAGAAGUAUACAGCAAACAUUUCCAAAUGCUUCCUGCCUCAUUUGGACAGUUUUCUUAG